AUGCCAAAAAUUUAUGAACUUUCAGAUUUUGAGCAUGGAGAGAUUAUUGGUCUUCUUAUGGCCGGACAUGGUGUAAGGAAGAUUGCAAAAGUACUUGGACAACCAAGAAUCAUAGUUCAAGAUGUAAUUACAAAAUACAAAGAAGAGAAUCGUACUGACUCCGCUCCUCUAUCUGG